GAGGUUAUUGGCUUCCCCGGAUCCUAAUCCAGACGGCUCCUUACAGCUUCUGCUAACUCCAGCCCGGUAGCUGCCAGUGUCCCCACUUCAAGAAGCACAGCCCGUCAUGCUGGAUUGUAACCCAGUGGAUUUCCUGCUUGAUUUGCCAUCGUCUCUAUUUCCAUAGGAUCUACAUUUUUUGUAGGGCUGUUUUUUUACUGUUUCAUUGGACUCCUUGCUCCCCCCCAUCCAACUCCUUUCUGUACUUAUGGAGGAGUUUGUAGGGGGUGAUCAUGCCUAGGAAAGGAAAUGGGCAGCUGCCUUUACCAGAUGGCUGGGAAGAAGCGAGAGAUUUCGACGGCAAGGUAUUUUAUAUCGAUCACAACACCAGGAAGACCAGCUGGAUAGACCCAAGGGACCGGCUGACCAAACCCUUGUCGUUUGCGGACUGUGUUGGAGAUGAGCUGCCUUGGGGAUGGGAAUCUAACUAUGAUCCUCAGAUUGGAGUCUACUUUAUUGACCAUAUUAAUCAGACCACACAGAUAGAAGAUCCAAGAAAGUUAUGGCGGAAAGAACAGGAGCGGAUGUUGAAGGACUAUCUCAUGGUUGCACAGGAUGCCCUAAGCACUCAAAAGGAACUUUACCAUGUAAAAGAACAAAGGUUGGCACUUGCCCUGGAUGAGUAUGUGAGGCUCAAUGAUGCCUACAAAGAAAAGUCCAGCUCACGCACAAGCUUGUUUUCAGGUUCAUCCUCAAGCACUAAAUAUGACCCUGAUAUCCUUAAGGCAGAAAUAUCCACAACAAGAGUACGGGUUAAAAAGCUGAAGCGGGAGCUGUCACAAAUGAAGCAGGAGCUGUUAUACAGAGAGCAAGGGUUUGAAACAUUGCAACGAAUUGACCAAAAAAUGUCUGGGGGACAGAGUGGUUAUGAGCUCAAAGAAGCCAAGGACAUCCUUUUAGAACUGAAAACGAUAAGAAAGGCUAUUAGCACUGGAGAAAAAGAAAAGCAAGAUUUAAUGCAGAGUCUUGCUAAACUCAAAGAGCGAUUUCAUCUAGACCAAGGAAGAGGGCGAUCUGAACCGGAUCUGAGGUCCAGCUUUACAAACUCUCAUUUAUCUCUGUCUAGACAAACCCUGGAUGCAGGAUCCCAGACAGAUAUAUCUGGAGACAUCGGUAUGAGAAAUAGAACAAACUUGGCAGAAAAAGUCAGACUGAGCCUGCAGUAUGAAGAGGCUAAACGAAGCAUGGCGAAUCUUAAGAUUGAACUGGCCAAGUUGGACAGUGAGGCCUGGCCUGGGGCACUGGAUAUAGAAAAAGAGAAACUUAAAUUGAUCAAUGAAAAGGAGGAGCUCCUGAAAGAACUCCAGUUUGUAAGUACACGAAAACGUACUCGGGACGAGGUGGAACGACUGGAAGCGGAGAGGAGGCGAUUAGAGGAAGAUCUCCUGACUGUAAAAAGUACUCCCAGCCAAGCACUUGCUGAGAGGUUGAAGCUCCAAGAAAAGAAAAAGGAACUGGUGAAGAGACUGGAAGAAGCUACAAAAUUGGCCACAUAUUUGCAUUCACAACUUAAAAGUCUGUCAGCCAGCACAUUAUCAGUGUCAUCAGGAAGCAGUAUCGGCUCUUUGGCUUCAAGUCGAGGGUCCCUGAACACAUCUAGUCGGGGGUCUCUCAAUUCCCUUAGCUCAACUGAUCUGUACUACAGUCAAGGAGAUCCUGUAACAGACUUAGACUAUCAGUACAAACUGGACUUCCUUCUGCAAGAGAAAAGUGGCUACAUUCCAUCUGGACCUAUCACAACAAUCCAUGAAAAUGAAGUGGUCCAUUGCCAUGACAGAACAGACUAUACCAACUCUCCUUGUGCACCACAGGACCUACAAGAAGCUAAACCUAAAUCUGUGACCUCGUUUUCCUCUAGAUCUUCCCUCUCAUCUUUGUCCCCACCAGGCUCCCCACUAGUGUUGGAAGGAGCUUUUUCCUUGUCUACUCAGGACUCUCUCUCCACAGACUUUGAUAGCUGUGACCUUCCUAGUACCUUUGCAGAACUGAGCCUCUGUGAAAACUCACAUGUGUUGAGUACUGUUACAGGAGCACCUUCAGCUGUCGCCGUGGGAAAAAGAUUAGUGGAAAAUGACAGACCACAAGGAAAUGCAGAUCUGGAUUUUCCAAGGAAGUCAGCAGGUGACAUCCAGGAGGAGAAAGCUGCUUGUGUUUCAGCUGCAGUUUCAGAUGAGUCUGUUGCUGGAGAUAGUGGUGUAUAUGAGCCGUUUGUGAAACCACAUUGUGAAGAUGUUAAGUUUAAUGAAGAUUAUUCUGUUCCAGGGGCAGCUCAAGUUCAAUUAAUUCUGAGGUAUGAUUCUGCAAACGCCAGCUUUGUGAUAAUAAUUGUCCAGUUGCAAAACAAUCACACUUGUGUCCCAUAUGGUUCCAGGAUAUAUUUUAGAGUUGCUGUUCUUCCGUCCUCAAAUGACUCAAGCUGCCUCUUCCGGACCAAAGUCUAUCCUGCUACUGAAACUGUAUUAUUUAACGAGUUAUUUCGAGUAUCAAUUUCACAGAGCACCUUGCAGCAAAAGACCCUAAGAGUGGAUAUUUGCUCAGUUGGUAUAACCCAUCAAGAGGAAUGCCUGGCUGGAAUUCAGAUCAGCUUGGCAGACAUCUCUUUUACUAAUGAACUUUAUACUCAGUGGUAUACUCUGGUACCUUGCAGACCAACUCAUGUGCAGAAGGAGCAAGUGGAAACAUCAGUAUUAGACAUACACAAGCCACUGCCUGCGACUUUAGAUUUGUCCACUGAUUCAUCCUUACUUAGCGGAACAUCUGCUGAGCUGGAAGCAGUGGAACAAGAACUGGCCCAGGAAGAAGAGGAAGAGGAUGAUUACCAAGAACAGAGAUGUCCUGAAGAGUGGUCAGAAAUGUCUUUUGACGUCCUGGAGGAACCCAUCUCAGGAGAAGUGGUGACUGAACAUUAUGCAGAACCUCUACAGUUAUCUGAUGAUGUAGAAGAGACACCAGAGGAACCUUGUAAAGAAGGAGACUGCUGGGAUUUUGCUCCGAGCUUGUACCCUGUUCUUCAGCACCCAAUGCUGGUUGACAAAGAAACAAACACGGAAGCAGCAGUUCAUGAGAAUAUCUCAGUCCGGCCAAAGGGACAGGAAACCUUGGGCUCCAGACAGCGCCCAUUUGUCCGAAACAGCAUGAUCGUUAGGUCGCAAACCUUCUCUCCAGGAGAGAGAAAUCAGUACAUAUGUAGGCUGAAUCGAAGUGACAGUGACAGCUCAACUUUAGCCAAAAAGUCUCCUUUUGUGAGGAAUGCUUCCGAGAGGCGCAGUUUGAGAGUGAAGAGGCCCAUCUGCCAGCCAAUUAAUCGCAGAUCCAUGCACGAUUGUCAUCGUGAGCGAACCUCUUUGGACUUGGAACUGGAUCUCCAAGCAUCAAGGACAAGACACAGUCGGCUCAAUGAUGAGCUGCAGCUACUCAGGGACCUCAAACUAAGGCUGGAAGAAAUGAAAGGCAAAGGAGAGACGGAAUUACCUCCCUGUGUGCUGGAGGAUGAUCGAUUUCAGAAGCUACUUAAACAGGCUGAAAAGCAGGCUGAACAAUCAAAAGAAGAACAAAAGCAAGGCCUUAAUGCUGAAAAAUUAAUGAGAAAGGCCUCUAAGGAUGUUUGCAGACUGCGGGAACAGAGCCAGAAAGUACCUCUACAAGUACAGUCUUUCAGGGAGAAGAUUGCAUACUUCACUAGGGCAAAGAUCAGCAUACCAUCUCUAUCAGCUGAUGAUGUAUAGUUUUUUUUCUCCAUAGCCGUAUUUUUCCCGUCACUCGUCUUUUUAGAUAAACUUUUUUGUAGUAUAGCUAUUUGCUUUUAUGAUAAAAAAAAUAAUAUUUUUUUACACUAGCCUACAAUUUGUAAAAUAUCUCAUACCGAACUAUUAUGUCUAGGAAAAAACACCAAAAACAAAUGGAAAAAAAAGCAAAACAAGAAACCAAAGUAGAGUAAUUUGGUACACUUCUGGGGGUUUUGUACAGUUUGUAUGUUCAGUAUGCAUGUAUUCUUAAUACUUUGUAAAAAUGGAGCAAAGAAACAGUUACAGUAACUACCUAGUUAAACUGUGCUAUGCUCAAACGUAUUACAUUCAACAGACUGGUUUAAUUAUCUUCACUCUUUUCAUGUAAGAUAACUGUGAAAAUGGCCAACAAGCCAAGAAAUCUAAUUUUGCACCAGAGACUGACUUUUUUUUUUGGAGUAAAAAUAUUUUUUUAAAAAUGAAAGGCUGCAUUGCGCAACAGGUACUUGUAAGUUCCUCUGUAGUAGCCUGACUCCUUUGUUACUCAUUAUCCUAUAAUAAUGAGAAGAGCACUUGUACGUCAUGGUGGGCAUACACCAGCAUUAAAAUAAGUAAAUUGUUACUUAAAACGAGUAUAACAAACAACACAGCAAGGCACAUCAUUACAGCUAGGUGCACUAGUUCAAGGGACAUUUAAAACAAAAAAGCAAACUAUUUAACCGUAUUAAAAUAUUUUUUGUGUGAAAAAAUAUUAAACUAAAGCUGUUAAAUAGAUUGUGGAAAGUGCAUAUUGAUGAUCAGUUGCUCACUGGCUGAUCAUCUAGCAAAAUUAUAUAUAUUUUUUCAGUACAGGAACAUCCUUAUGAAAAAAGUAAUAUGUUUUAAAAUAACCUCUUUUCUAUGCAACAAAGAAAAAAGACCCUUCCA